GGGAGGCCAUUUUCGCCGGUGUGUGUAUUUUAUCAGCAGAUUGAAACCUCACGAAGAAUAUUCGCAAUGGAUGAAGAAUAUGAUGUUAUUGUUCUAGGAACAGGACUAAAGGAAUGUAUUAUAAGUGGUAUGAUGUCAGUUAUGGGAAAGAAAGUUCUUCACAUUGAUAGGAAUUCUUAUUAUGGAGGUGAAAGUGCAUCAAUCACACCACUGGAAGAUAUUUACAAAAAGUUUGGAAUGGGCACACCAGCAGAAAAACUAGGAAGAGGAAGAGAUUGGAAUAUAGAUUUAAUUCCAAAAUUUCUGAUGGCUAAUGGACAAUUGGUUAAGCUGUUGGUAGGUACUGGUGUGACCAGAUAUUUAGAGUUCAAAUGUGUAGAAGGAAGCUAUGUGUUUAAAGGUGGUAAAGUGUACAAGGUCCCAGCUGAUGAGAAGGAAGCAUUGACUACAUCACUUAUGGGACUUUUUGAGAAGAGAAGAUUUCGAAAGUUUCUGAUAUUUGUAACUGAAUUUGACUUAGAAAACCCCAAAACAUGGCAGGGUGUAGACCCAAAACAAACCACAGCUUCAAAGUUAUAUGAAAAGUUUGGUCUAGACAACAAUACAGCCGAUGUAACUGGUCAUGCUUUAGCUCUUCAUCUAAAUGAGGCGUACAAAAAUGAGCCAUGUUUAGAUUUAAUUAACCGAGUGAAGUUAUAUUAUGAAUCACUAGCCAGAUAUUUGAAGUCUCCUUAUCUAUAUCCAUUGUAUGGUUUGGGAGAAUUACCACAGGGAUUUGCAAGAUUAAGUGCUAUUUAUGGUGGGACAUACAUGUUAGAUCGACCAGAUGCUGAAAUAGUGUAUGAGGAUGGAAAGGUAGUGGGUGUGAAAGCCCAGGGAGAAGUGGCUAAAUGUAAAAUGGUUGUAUGUGAUCCGUCAUAUGCUACAGACAAAUGUAAAACUGUAGGAAAGGUAAUUAGAGCCAUUUGCAUCCUGGAUCAUCCCAUUAAAGAUACAAAAGAUUCAUUAUCAACACAAAUUAUAAUUCCACAGAACCAAGUGAACAGAACGCAUGAUAUAUAUAUAAGUAUGAUAUCAGCUACACAUUUUGUCGCUGCAAAGGGACAUUACUUAGCCAUAGUCAGUACCACUGUAGAAACAAGCAAUCCAGAGGAAGAAAUAAGGGUAGCAUUAGACCUUAUUUCACCUAUAGAACAAAAAUUUGUGUCUGUGAGUGAAUUAAAAGAACCAACAGAUGAUGGAUCAACGUCUAAAGUUUUUAUUACCAAGUCCUAUGAUGCAACAUCACAUUUUGAGACAACUUGUGCAGAUGUAAUUCAAGUGUUUGAACGAGCAUAUGGAGGAAAGUUUGACUAUGACAAAGUUCAAAAUACAGAUCACGAAAUGUAACAUAAACAACAUAAUAGACUUCAAAUUUUAACUCAAUAUGUUGUGAUAAAGGGAAGCAAUUCAUUGCAAAGUUAUGAUGCAUUUGGUAUAAAAAUAUAUUUGUCUAUUUAUUUGCAUCUUUUUUUAUUUGGUGCACUGGCUGAAACCAAUGAAAUAUCAGUAUUUGUUUGCUUCUUGUUAAAAGAUAUGUUAUUUUGAGAAUAUUGGGGAAAGAAAAUUGUACUUUUGUCUUUCCCUUAAUUUGUUUGUUUUAUAAUUCAGCAAUUGUUUGUGAACUGAACAACUGUACAGAGUAUAAAACAUUUUGAACAAUUUGAAAACUAAUAUUAAUUUUCAUUCCAUGCAUAAAAUUUCUUAAAAUUUACAAUCUUUUACUAAAAGUGUUCAAAUUGAUCAGUGUACAUAUGCUCUGAUUUAUUAAUAAAUUAUUUUUAUGUCUCUUUGUCCAUUGACUUGUUCUAACAAAGUUUAUAUGUACAAAUAUCAUUUUCAUAUUGUGUACAUUGCAUGAGACAACUUUGUCACAUAAGAAUGUCUGUUGAGUAGUACAUUUGAAUAUCAUUUUAUCACCUGAAAUAUUUAAUGCUGAAUAAUGAUCAAAUGGGAAUUUAUGGAAUUACAAUGCAAAGUUACAUGAUACAAGUGAUAUUGGAACAGGGUUAUUUCAUUGAGGAUAAAUAUACUGUCACAAAGUUACUAUCAUGUAGUGCAUCUGUGUUAAUUGUAUGCUUAUAACUUUCACAUGCGUAAAGUGCAAUAAAAGUUGGUUAUAAAACAUUUCUACAGGCCCUAUACUCUGUUGUAAGAAAGCUUUUAAAAUAUUUUUGAUUUUCAAUUAAGCAUUCUAAUUUAAAAACCAUGGAAACUAAUUGCUGAGUUCUAUCUGAUUAGCAUAUAUGUGACUUCAACAUUAUAAUAUUAUUAUAAUGUGUUAAUACUUUAUGUCAAAUAAGCCUUUUAGAUUCGAGCGAAAUGGAAAACUAAACAUUAAAUGUUACCUCCCAGGCAUUAACAUGAUAAGGAUUAAGCAUUUUCAUUUCUUUUUAUAAUUUGUCAUUGGAUCAUGCUUUCCAUUUUUUUUUCCUUUUUAGUAACUAAUUCCAUUGCAAUGGCAUUUAAUCUGUUUAUUAGUGAAGGUAGUUUACAUUCUGUCAGUGCUAAAACAAGGGUACAUGUAUAACACAAAAGAACCUCUCAAGAUGUUAUACAGGCAUCCAACAUUACAUCAAUACUUUUAUGAUAAUUUAAAAGGUUCUAUUUCUUACAUUUUUACCAAUGGACCAAAUAUGUAUUUGUUAUUAUUUAUUAAUGUGCUAUUUGUUUUUACUGUUUAUGAACACAUUUUUGAUGAAGCACUAAAUUCUAUCUACAAUACUUAUUAAUAUAAAUAAUAUCAUAACAUGCUUUACCACUUAAUGCCAACUUCUGAAUCCAGUAAUAAGUCACAAAAAAAUAUAUUGAUUGUCUUACGUACAGAAAAUUAUUUAACCAUUUAUUUCAUUCAAUUUUUUCUAUAUUACUGACAUUGACAGUUAUCCUUUUUGUUUUUAUUCCUCAACUAGUCAACAUGCACCAAAAACAAUAGAGUCUGUAGACCUGACAUUCCUCCAAAUUCGAACGUUGUUUUAUAAUUGACUUUUAUGUUUUCUGGUGAAGUCAGUUUAAUCAUUACAAUUAAGGAUGGCAGAGAAUAUGUACAUGUAGUAAUGUAUUGGAUAUUGUGGUCAUCAGUAUUGUUUUAAGGAAAUAAUUAAAACUAAGGUGAACAGCUUUUGUAUUUAAUAGGCAGUUUGGAAAAGGUGUUAAAUGUGGCCUUAGAAUUUAGGCCUGUUUUAGUCUUUUAUUUAAAAAUGUAAAAAAAAAAUGCAGUACAUAUGUGAUAACACCCCCGCUAAAAAAAAUAAAAAUAAACAAACUCAAAAUUGAAUGCGUUUGAAAAGUGAGACAAAGAAGGUGAAGGUUUCAAAUAAAUCAUAUUUAAAAAAUGUCUAAGCUUGCUCAGUUACCGUUUAUUAUAAGGAAAUAAGAAAUAAGGAUUUACAGUAUAAUGUAUGCUUAAUUAGGUCCUGUUAUGAGAUUAGCUCUAUAGCCUAUUAAAUCCUGAAGUAAAAGAAAAAAUAAGAUCAUUUUUUGUUUAGGUUUGUAAUGAAUAAAUUUGAAAAUGCUAUUAUUUGUAAGAAAUUAUGCUUAAUCACAUUAAAUAUGUCAGAAAUUAUUAAAAAAUCAUAAACAUGCUA